ACGUACACAGGUUCGAUCCUGGUGGCGGUGAACCCUUACGAGAUCCUGCCCAUCUACACGGCGGAGCAGAUCCAGUUGUACCGGGACCGCAAGAUCGGAGAACUGCCGCCACACAUCUUCGCCAUCGCAGACAACUCUUACAGCAGCAUGAAGCGGUACCAGCACGACCAGUGUGUUAUUAUCAGUGGAGAGUCGGGUGCGGGUAAGACAGAGAGCACCAAGCUGAUCCUACAGUUCCUGGCUGCUGUGUCUGGCCAACACUCCUGGAUAGAACAGCAGAUCCUUGAGGCUAACCCCAUAAUGGAAGCCUUCGGCAACGCCAAAACAAUCCGCAACGACAACUCGAGCCGCUUCGGCAAGUACAUCGACAUCCACUUCAACGAGAAGGGCGUGAUCGAGGGGGCCAAGAUCGAGCAGUACCUGCUGGAGAAGUCUCGCAUCGUGAGCCAGAUGCACGACGAGAGGAACUACCACAUCUUCUACUGCAUGCUGGCCGGACUGUCGGCCGAGGAGAAGGGUAGGCUGGAGGUGCAGGACCCAUGGAAGUACGAGUACUUGAUACAGGGCGGCAGCAUAGAGUGUGAAGGUCGCGACGACAUCAAGGACUUUGCCGACAUCCGCUCAGCCAUGAAGGUGCUCAUGUUCAACGACUCGGAGAUGUGGGAGAUUCUCAAAAUCCUGGCCGCCCUGCUCCAUCUAGGCAACGUCAAGUAUAACGAGAUUGAAUUGGACAACAUAGAAGCCACAGAAAUCCAGGACAUUUCUUACAUCAACAAAGUUGCCAGACAGUUAGAAGUGGAUGCUCAAGACCUGAUCGACGCGCUUACCACAAAGACCAUCUUCGCCAAGGGGGAGAGCGUGACCUACACGCUGAACAAGGGCAACGCGCUGGACGUGAGGGACGCGUUUGUCAAGGGCAUCUACGGCCGCAUGUUUGUGUGGAUCGUGGAGAAGAUCAACCAGGCCAUCUACAAGCCCAAGGCCGGCGGGGGACACUACAGGAAGUCCAUUGGCGUCCUCGACAUCUUCGGAUUUGAGAACUUUGACAAGAACAGUUUUGAGCAGUUGUGCAUCAACUACGCCAACGAGAACCUCCAGCAGUUCUUCGUGCGUCACAUCUUCAAGCUGGAGCAGGCCGAGUACAACCUGGAGGGCAUCAGCUGGCAGCACAUCGAGUUCUUGGACAACCAAGACGCACUGGACCUCAUCGCCGCCAAACCCAUGAACAUCAUGGCUCUCGUGGAUGAGGAGAGCAAGUUCCCCAAGGGUACGGAUGAGAGUAUGUUGAACAAGUUGCACCACCACCACGGCUCCAACUCCAACUAUCUGAAGCCUAAGGCGGCCGUGAACCAGAGGUUUGGUCUGAGCCACUUUGCCGGUGUUGUCUUCUACGACUGUCGAGGAUUCCUGGAGAAGAACCGCGACACGUUCAGCAUCGACUUGGUCCAUCUGAUCCAGGCGUCCAAGAGCAAGUUCAUCAACCUUCUCUUCAACACUGACAUAAGCAUGCAAUUUGACAGAGAGCUGUGCUGCAAACAGCUCCGGUACUCAGGCAUGAUGGAGACAAUCCGCAUCCGUCGGGCCGGCUAUCCCAUCCGCCAUCACUUUGCCGAGUUUGUGGAUCGCUACCGGAUGUUGGUGGAUGGCAUCGGUCCGUCUCACCGCGAGGAUUGCCACAGGGCCUCGGAGAAGAUCUGCACGGCCGUGCUGAAGAACACAGACUACCAGCUGGGAAAGACGAAAGUGUUCCUUAAGGAUGCCCAAGACUCCUACCUGGAGUCGCAGCGAGAGCUGACCUUGACAAAGAAGAUUCUGGUGAUUCAGAAGAUGGUUCGCUCGUGGCACUUCCGCCGCAGGUUCCUGAAGAUGAGGAAAUGUAUCGUGACGGUUCAGUCGACGCUGAGGGCUUACGAGGAGAGGAAGAGGUUCCUGGUGAUGAAGCAAGGCUACAUGAGGCUACAGGCCAUGAUCAGGUCGCGUAUCCUGACGGCCCGGUUCAACGUGAUCCGAGGGUGGGCCCUGAACGUGCAGCGGUUCUGCCGAGGCUACCUGGUGCGUCAGUGGGUACAGAAGCGGAUGUUGGCCGUGGUACAGAUCCAGGCGUCUGUCCGCACACUCCUGGCACAGAAGAAACUGCGCAGGCUGAGGAUAGAGUACGAGAUGAAGAUGGAAGCGGAGAGAAUAAGGAAGGAGGAGGAGGCAGCGCUGAAGAAAAAGAUGAACGCCAAAAAAGCGAAAGAAGAGGCUGACCGUCAUCAUGUGGCUCGCCUCCAAGCCAUCGAGCGAGAGGUGGAGGAGAAAGAACAGAUCCAGAGGAUGGAGGCGCAGCAGAAGAAGACGCAGGCUGAGGAUGCAGAGAGGAGGCUCAACGACCCCGUCAACGACUCCAAGCUGCUUCGCCCGUACCUGCUCAACUUCAUCCGUGGUGGGCCCCCGGGCUAUGCCCCGUACUGUGAGGACCACCUCAGACGUACGUUUGCCAACGGUGCCAGGAACCAGCCUCCCAGCUGGCUGGAGCUGCAGGCCACCAAGUCAAAAAAGCCGGUGAUCCUGCCCAUCACGUUCAUGGACUCGAACUCCAAGACCCUCUUUGCAGACUCGGCCACCACGGCGCGGGAACUGUGCCAGCAGCUCUCCGACAAGAUCGGCCUCAAGGACCAGUUUGGCUUCUCCCUCUACAUCGCUCUCUUUGACAAGGUGUCGUCUCUGGGUAGCGGCGGAGACCACGUGAUGGACGCCAUCUCCCAGUGUGAGCAGUACGCCAAGGAGCAAGGGGCACAGGAGCGCAACGCCCCCUGGAGGCUGUUUUUCCGCAAGGAGAUCUUUGCUCCAUGGCACGAGCCUAAGGAGGAUCCUGUAGCUACACACUUGAUCUUCCAACAGGUCGUGCGAGGAAUCAAAUUUGGAGAAUACCGUUGUGACAAGGAUGAGGACCUCGCCAUGAUCUCGGCCCAGCAGUACUUCAUCGAGUACGGCACUGACGUAGAGCCGGCGCGCCUGCAGACGCUGCUCUCCUCGUACGUGCCUGACUCGUACCUGCAGAAAGGCAACGCCGUCAACUGGUGGAUGAACAGCAUCAUCAACAAACUGCACUCCGACUACUUCAGAAACAAGCAGAUUGAGCCCGUCAAGGUGAAAGAGGACAUAGUGAGCUACGCCAAGUACAAGUGGCCGCUGCUGUUCUCGCGCUUCUACGAGGCUUACAAGUUCUCUGGGCCCAGCCUGCCCAAGAACGACGUUAUUAUCGCGGUGAACUGGACGGGCGUGUACGUCGUUGACGACCAGGAGGCUGUGCUGCUGGAGUUGUCCUUCCCUGAGAUCACGGCCGUCUCCAGUUCGAGAACGGGCAAAAUGCACGGUCAGAGCUUCACGCUAGCCACGGUGAAGGGAGAUGAGUACACGUUCACUUCGCCCAACGCCGAGGAUAUCCGUGACCUUGUGGUGACCUUCCUGGAGGGUCUGAAGAAGCGGUCAAAGUUCGUCAUUGCCAUACAGAAUUACGAGAACCUAUCGGACCCGUCGAUCCUGAGCCUGAAGAAGGGCGACCUGAUCAUCCUUGACCUUGACAACGGUGAGACGGUCAUGAACUCUGGCUGGUGCGCGGGUCAACACGUCAACACCCAGAAGAAGGGAUCCUUCCCUGCCGAGUGCGUCUAUGUCCUGCCCACCAUCACACGGCCCCCGCCAGAGAUAUUGAACCUGUUUAUGCAGUCGGGCUCACUCAACGACCAGUUCCAGGCAGAGGAGGAUGUGCCCAGGGAGUCCAAGUCUGCUGUGUUACACACGCUGGAGCAGUACUCUUACGACCACUUCAGCCAUCCUGAAGUACAUGGGAGACCACCCCAGCAGACGUAGCCGCGUGGCCAACGAGUUCACCGACCAGAUCUUUGGCAGCCCCAUCAAUAAUGAAAUCUUGCGAGAUGAGGUGUAUUGUCAGAUCAUGAAGCAACUCACCGAUAACAGACACGAAGUGAGCCUGAAGCACGGCUGGGAGCUGAUGUGGCUGGCCACGGGCUGUUUCCCGCCCAGCACCAACCUGCUGAAGGAGCUGAUGGCCUUCCUGCGCUCUCGCUCACGCAGCAACAACCUGGCCGAUGACUGCCUCAACCGGCUGCAGAAGUGCCUCAGGAAUGGCGUGCGCAAGUACCCCCCUCACCAGGUAGAGGUGGAGGCCAUACAGCACCAGACCACACAGAUCCUGCACAAGGUCUACUUCCCCGACGACUCGGACCAGGGUUUUGAGGUGGAGUCGAGCACACGAGCCAAAGAUUUCUGCCAGAACAUCGCCAACUCGCUGGGCCUGAAGUCGGCCGAAGGAUUCAGCCUGUUUGUCAAGAUUGUGGACAAAGUGAUCAGCGUGCCAGAGGGAGACUUUUUCUUCGACUUUGUGCGUCAUCUGACUGACUGGAUCCGCAAGGCGAGAUCUGUCCGAGAAAAUGCCCCACCACCCUCCUUCACCUACCAAGUGUUUUUUAUGAAGAAGCUUUGGAUCAAGACCGUCCCCGGCCGAGACAUCAACGCUGACCUCAUUUUCCACUACCACCAGGCCAUUGUGGCAGCCUACAACAGAGACGCGGGCAAAAGUCCCGGAGAUGCCAAGGUCGCCUUCCUCAUGAUCAUUCACCAGUGGCCGACGUUUGGCUCGGCUUUCUUUGAUGUCAAGCAAACCACGGAGCCCAACUACCCCGAGAACUUGCUUAUCGCCAUCAACAAGAAUGGCGUGAACCUUAUACACCCGCAGACCAAGGAGUUACUGGCCACCCACAUGUUCUCCAAGAUCUCCAACUGGAGCAGCGGCAACACCUACUUCCACAUGACCAUCGGCAACCUGGUCAAGGGCAGCAAACUCUUGUGUGAAACCUCCAUGGGCUACAAGAUGGACGACCUCUUGACCUCGUACAUCAGUCUGAUGCUGAACAACCUGAACAGGCAGAAGAGGGCUUAAAAGAUCCACGUUGGUGGGACACAGCACUGGAGGCGCUCGCUCACUCUCUAUCUACCAUCUCUCUCUAUCUACCACCUCCCUCUUUCUCUCUCUCUCUCUUUCCCUCCCCCACACUCCUGUCUCUCUCUAUCACGAUGAUCUAACAUUGAGGUGAGAGAGACUUGGGGAAAACAAACUGUCUGGUUGCCAGAAUAAACAAGACUGAAGUGGACGCGAGAAGUAACAGACAAAUUUGUCCUGAAAAGUUACGUUUUUGUGCCAAGUUACAUCGCUGGAUCCAGAACAACAGGACUACUAACAUCAAUGAAGGUCUGUGUGUUUUUCCCCCCCAUAUUUUCUGUUGUUUUAUCUUUUGACACUGUGAUGUGGGCGUCACAUAUAUUGGUUACAAAGAAAAUCAUGAAUUUUUGAGUAAUUCUUUCAGCAGUGUCUUUUUUUUUUUUUUUUUGGGUGGAUGUGGGCGUCACAGAUAUUGACUACAAAAAAAGUCUUAUUUGAGCCAUCUCUCAGUGUUCAUCAGUGCUCAAUUGGUUCACUCCAUACCACAAUGGGAGGGCCCAACAAUGGAGAUAAAGGCUACGAAAAACUGAUAGAAUGACGUAUUAUAUAUGCAAAACAAAACACCAAAGUGCACAAGUUUUGUGCCAACAACAGUCUGUCUGCCUGCCUGCCCGAAGCUGAUCUUUGAUCUAUCUAUAGAAAUCUUGUUUUGUUCUGUCUCGAGAUUUGUUGGUUUUUUGCAACUGCAAUAAAAGUUCUUAUCUUUAUUCAUGA